UGAGCCAGGCUGCUUCUCUCGAAGUGGGGGUAGGAGGCUUGGUCCAGGGAGAGGCGGCUCCCUGGGGGGCCAAGAAGAGACGAUGCCUCGCAGAGGAGACAGCACCAAGAAAACAUCCAAGAAGAAACUAGGAAGAGACCACCAAUCCGGAAGAGGGGAAUUACCGAAGAAGGCUGCGCAUCCCCGGAAUUUCCUUUCGCCCGAGGAGCCGGACCUGUCGAGGAUUCUGAAAGCCAACGAGCUUGAUCUGGAAGAGGACGAACCCGACCAUUCCUUUGCCCACCCUCUGCACAGCACGGCCGUGUACACGGACGAGGAAGACACCUUCCUGGACCCCAGGCCGCUGGCCGGCUCCCCGCCCCCGGCGUCCACGCCACUCCCGAAAGGAGCCCCGAGGUUGAGAGCAUCCCGCAUCGAGUUCGAGGCAGAGGAUCGUCCCGAGGACAGACCCGCCCGGAAGGCCGAACCCCGGAGCGGCGAAGCCAAGCCGGCCUCCACCGGGCCUUCGGAUCCCAGCACCUCGGCCAAGGUCACCAACCUCGUGAAGAGGUUCAAGGGACCCCAGGACGGACGGACCCCCUCCGCUUCCAACCCCCCCGAGCGGUCCGAGGCCCCGCCGGCCGCUCCUCCCUCCCAGAAGGGACCCCGACCGGGACCCCCAAGGCCAGCCGGAGGGCGUGAGAUCCUCAAGAGGAGAGAGAGAUGUCAAGGAGAGAAGAGGAAGAAAUUAGAAGCUGGAGCCUUGACUCCCGCCGGCGAGAGUGAGGACGGCGAGCCGGCCCAGGGUCCGGACGGCGUGAGACGGCCGCCCAGGGGCCUCACCGACCUCCGUGUCAUCUUGUCAGCAUUUGAGGACGCAGUCACGAUGUACAAGCAGGAAGUGGAGUCUAAAAUCUGCAAGAAAGCAAUUGACAGUUUCUAUGCAGACUUUAAGGAGCAGCUCACUCAAAUGGUAACGGACGCCCAGGACCUGACCAAUUUGAAAAGAAGAAAUGCCAAGGUCGUCGCAGACAUCAACCAGAAACGGAAGCGUCUGCUGGAGGUCCGAGAGGAGCUCAUACGGACGCAGCCCCAGCUGAGCCGCCUCCGCCGGGAGCACGCCGAGCUGAGCCAGCGCAAGGCCUCCCUGGCCCGGGCCGCCGACUUCCUGGCCGACCUAAAGCAGCUGCGGCACCGGUGUUUGGAUUUCAGGGAGAGGAAUCCGGCGCAGAAGGAAACGUAUGGGCCCUCCAGCCUGCCGGCUCUCCUGGUGGAAUCCAGAAGCGUCCUCAAGGCCGAAAACCACUUGCAGAACAUCAACAGACGCUUAAAGCGGCUCACCGACCGGGACGAGGCGGACGCGGUUGAGUACGUUGCUGCGUAAAUCCACGCGUCGCUUUAUUCUGUGUUAAAAACACUUUAGCCAGCAAGCGGGUCACGUGCCGAGCGUGUAUGGUGUGUGUAGAGUGGAUAUAAAUAAAGUGUAACCUUUCUCA